GUUGUAUAUUACAUUCAUCGUUCUCAUCUACAAUGGGUUAUAAUAGUGGUUGUAUUACAACAAAAUCCUCUUCGUCAGAAGAAUCAAAUAAUGCCAUGUGAUGCGCUAUGUUGUUUACUAUACUCUGGCGUUUCAGCUGUGCAGCGAAAACGAACAGACUUCUUCAUUGCACUUUUGCACUGAACUGAACUAUUCUGUACUAAUCUUUCCUAGUGCGGUUCAGUUCAGUUCAGUACAGUUCUAGUGCAGUUUUAGUGUAACGAAAACAAGCAGACCUAUAGAUGCCUGUGAGUCUGAUACGGGCUUCAAUACUGUCAGCACAUUUCAGAACGCAGCCGAAGAAAACAAAUAUCGUCAGAUGGCUCUCGCAGCCAGCGCGUCGCUCAUUGAACAUUGCGUUGGUCUGCCAGACCAUCAGUGUCGGUCCACAAAGAAACAUGUAUUUUGAACUUUAAGCCUUAAGAAAUUGACCAAUCACAAUUUAGUAUUCUCCUCACCUUCGACUGUAAUUGGUCAACAUCUUAAGACUUAAAGCUUAAAGUUAUUCCAGACCAGGACUAAGAAAACUAAAAUACGGAUGAAUAUUAGAUACCGCAUCGAAUCGUGCAACUCAACGGCGAAGUAAACGGCGGAGCCUUGAUUUCAAAUAGUACAACUUAGGAACAGAGCGAACGGACUUCUAUUUCCUGACGAUACGUACGAUUCAACAGCAAGCUCGAUUAUAUUUUGUUUCACUAUUUUCACAUAACGAUAUCUUUCGACAGAAAAUUCGACAUUCUUUAACAACAGAUCAAGCAUCGACGAUUCGUUCGAUUAUUCAUCGCCCAGCCCUCCUUGAAAGACCGUCUCACGGAAAGAGGACACGAGCGUCGCGUUACCGACCGGUUGAACGACAGGUGUGACGUCACUCAUUGGUCGGCCCGCGAUGCGUAUCGGGAAACAGCUCGGACCUGCCAUCUUGAAUGGCAUGGCUCGGCUACACAGUGCGCGUUGAGGAAGAGAUGCGAGUUUCAUCACGAAUGGACCGUCGGUAUUGUGUUGUGACGGGACUCGCGUGAAGCCUGACGAUAACCCGAGUGCGCGAGGGCUUUCCUCCAGCCGCGAUGGACGCGGUAAAGGCGUUCAAUGCGGAGCUCUCUGCUCUCUAUGAUGUUAAGCCACCUAUUUCAAAAGCCAAAAUGAAUUCACUUACACGAGGAGCCAUUAAAGCAAUAAAAUUCUACAAGCAUGUCGUACAAAGUGUGGAGAAAUUCAUUCUAAAAUGCAAGCCUGAAUACAAGGUACCAGGAUUGUACGUUAUAGAUUCGAUUGUCAGACAAUCUAGACAUCAGUUUGGAAUGGAGAAAGAUGUAUUUGCCCCGAGAUUUGCAAAGAAUAUGCAAAACACUUUUCUCAAUCUUUUAAAAUGCCCGCAGGAAGAUAAAAGCAAAGUUAUACGUGUACUAAAUCUUUGGCAGAAGAAUGCGGUUUUUCCACCAGAAGUUAUUCAACCACUUUUCGAUCUAGCAGAUCCGAACCAUCCAAUACACAAAGAACAGCCAGUAAAUAGCAAUGGUACAUUAAAUACAUCGGCCGGAAAUAAUAUAAGUAAUGUAAGUGCUGUCUCUAAGACACCUCCAUCUACAAUUAAAAAUACUGUGAAGGAUGCAAAACUAUUCCCACCUGGAAAAACGAUUGAUCCUGUAUGGCUAGCACAAUCGAAAAUGGAAGCGGCGACUUUAGCCAAUGCAAAUAAACUCUUAAGUCAGUCCAAUUCUAGCUCGAUGGUGGAUCCCGCUUUCAUCGACCAGUUGCAACACUUGCAAGAACUAAUUAGAAAGAAGCAAGAGGCUAGCGAACAAAAGAGUUCUGUGAAGUUUGAUAAGAAACUGUUAGACUUCGAUUAUGGCGAGGAAGAGGAUGAUGAUGUUGUUGUGACGAAUUCUCCGAAUGCAGCCGCUUCGGCGAAUACUCAACAUAAUGCAGUAUCGGCGAAUAACAGUUUGGAAAGUCUAGGGCUGUUACUUGCGAACCCCGAGGUUCUCAGACAAUUGCAGACCAUACAACAAAGUAUGCAAAGCAGUGUGACGACCUCCUCUUCACAGCAUGAGAUGGAGGAGAAAAAGCGCAAACUUCAACAAAUGAAGCAGCAAGAGGAAGAGUUCGAUAAGCAUUUAGCACAAACCGUUCCUACCCUUCCAUUUGCAUCUGAGUGCGAGUUAAAGCCUUCUGACAUCCUGAAACCAAAUACGCAAAAUUACGCACCUAACACGAACAGCAAUGUGAUACAAGACAUGAGCCAGCCGCCACCUGGUUAUCCGCCAGCUCUGCCAUACACUUCACAAUCGUUAUCGAAUGUUAGGCAGAUCAAUCAGUCUGCGCAUCAAAAUCAAAAGAGCCCGUUGCUCGACGAACGCCAAGAAACGCAAGAUUAUUCUGGGAACGGCGCUAGACGUGAUAGUAGCAGUGUAGAAAUUGUUAAUUGUGAGAAUGCGAGUUCGCAAAGCAGAUCGCCCGAACGGUACCGACACCACAGCCGAUCCCGGUCCCCACGGCACCGAGACAGAGACAGAGACCGCGAUAGAGACAGAAAAUCUCGCUCCAGGAGCAGAUCGCGCCGAAGAAGAUCCCGCUCAAGAGACAGGGGUCGUGACAGAAAACGCGAUGACAGUCGAGAGAAAAUGACGGAAGAAGAACGGGAGAAAGAAAGAGAGCGACGUAAACGCGGUUUGCCACCGAUAGUUCGAGAUAAAUUGAGCGUUUGCAGUACAACACUUUGGGUGGGACACUUGUCAAAACUCGUGCAUCAGGAAGAAUUGUCCGACACGUUCGGAGAGUUUGGCGAUAUCGUCAGCAUCGAUUUGAUCUCGCCGAGGGGUUGCGCUUUCAUAUGUAUGAAUAGAAGGCAGGAUGCAUAUCGGGCACUCACAAAAUUGAAAAACCAUAAGAUGCAAGGCAAAGCUAUCACAUUAGCAUGGGCACCCGGUAAAGGCGUUAAAGGCAAGGAAUGGAAGGAUUACUGGGAAGUAGAAUUGGGCGUCAGUUAUAUCCCGUGGAAUAAGUUAACCAACAUUACUGAUCAAGAGUUAGAAUUGUUAGAGGAAGGUGGCAUGAUAGACGAGGACACACUACCGCCUAAUUUAAAGGGAAAACUGAAGCACACAGGCACGAGUGCGGAUAUACAGCAGUUGCAGCAGCUGCAGUUGCAGCAGCAGGCGAUGGUUGCCGCAGCGAAUGCCGGUGCGCCUAUUCCUACCUUAACGGACGGUAUCGUGAACGUCAUGCAGUCGUCGGCCAAUUCGCAGCAGCAGCAACAGCAGCAGCAGCAACUGAUCGAUACCAGUCAACCACCGCCGAUCAGACCCCCCACGUCGGCUGCCUUGCUGCCUCCGCCGAACACGCAGCUGCAAAUGAUGCCUCCGGCAUUCACCAUGCCCGGAGUACCACGAGUGAUUGGCCACAUGGGCAUACAGAUGACGCAUGGACUAAUGUCGAACGUCCCGAUCGGAGUUCCACCGCCGAACAUGCAGAGCUUAUUGGGACCACCUAGUAUGAUGCAGACGAUGCUGACACCCUCGGUAAAUCCACCGUUUGGUGCGGGUGUUGGCGUAGGUUUGCUCACACAAAUUCCACUGCCCGCGCCUGCCGCACCUUCAGACAAGCCGAACUCCACUGGUAUGCCGCACAAUGUCCCGCCGAUUGGCGUGCCGCCGCCGACGACGGAGACCAGUAUGCCAAACUUGCCGAUGCUGCGGCAGCCGUACGGCGUGGGUCCGGUGCCGGCGAUGCAGAUGCAACUACCUCAGCAACAUCACUCGGACGACAUGGACGUGGAGAUGGAGGACGCGAUGCCGCCGAGCCUGAGCAGCAACGUGCCUAAGGACAAGCCGAACCUCAGUGACCAGCUAAUCGCCGAGAUUCGCAUGGAGAGCGACCAGGCUCGCGAGUACAAAGAGCAGCGGGACCGCGAGCGUGAGAAUCGGGAGAGAAGAGACCGGAACGAGCGAGACCGUGGCGAUCGUAUGGACCUGAACGAGUGUCGAAUGGACCGCAGCAGGGACAGAGGCAGAGGGCGCGACCGUGGCCGGGACCGGCGAAGAGACAACCGUGACGGUCGCGGCGAGCGAGAGAGAGACGACAGACGCGGAGAUCGUGACAAUCGGGAGGCUCCCAGAGACAACAGGGAGAACAACGCUCCGAGACAUCCGGAGGGACUCGGUGUGCCGAAUCCGAGCGUCCAGGAGGGCAGCGAGGCGAAGAAAGAGAACAAGCCCAGUCUAGCGGAUCGACUGCGACAGUUGGCGGACGGCACACUGGACGACCGGAUGGACAGGAAUAUCCGCGGCAAUCGCACCGAACGUAGCAACGAGCGGAACGACAGGAGCUUCGAGGAUAGUCCCGGCGCUGCAGGAGCCGCGGCAGGAGGAGGAGCCGGGGGAGGAGGAGGAGGAGCAGGAGCAGGAGGAGGAGGUGGAGGAGGAGCAGGAGGAGGACGGCGACCCAACGACAUGCCGAUCUCGCUGAUGGAUCUUCCCAAGUUCGGUGCGGUACUGUCGGAUCGAGCGGACUUCCCGCGCGGCCCGGGUGCCUUCGGAGGUGCGCUCCAAGAGCCGCGAGAGUUCCAACAGCGGGGCGGCCUCGCCGAUCGCGACCGGCCAAACUUCCCGCCCCGCGGCGGCGGCCUGAGAAACUCGCAGAUGGACGAUUUCUUGGACCCCAGGAUGCAGCCUGGUAUGUUCCCGGAGGACUUUGAAGGCGGCAGGAUGGUAGGGCACAACGGGCCGCGCGCCGAUGAACCUUUCCCGCCCAGGCUUGGAGCCAGGGAGGAGUUCGAUCGCGCGGAGGUGCGCGGCCGUCGGCCGCCCGUCGACGAGUACGAGCGCGAACGCUUCGAAUACGACAUGAGGCGUGAGAACUUCGACCCGCGGAUGCAGGACGGCUUCGACCCCAGAGGUCACAACGACCGCUCUGACUUCGACCCGCGCAGGCGAGAGUUCUUCGGCCCCAUCGAGCCUGUGUUCGGGAUGCCGCCGAUGAUGGGACCCAAAGGCCCGAGAGGACCGGUCGGUCCCGAUGGAUUCGGACCUCGCGGAGCCAGAGGGCCCGGUCCAUUGAUGUUCCAUCCGCGCGGCAUGGGUCCGAGAGGCAUGAGGCCCGGAAUGCGACCGCCGUUCGCGCCGCGAGGUCCGCCGUUCGACCCUAGAGAGGCCGAUUCCUUCUUCAGACCACCGUUCGACGACAUGCGCGGCCGUCCGGGGCCGCAUCUGCGACCACCGUUCGGUCCGAUGGGUCCGCCGACCAUGCACGGUCCCGACGGACCGUGGAGGAAUCAGGAAGGCGGAGGACCGUCCACCUCGUGGUCCGGGCAGGAAGGUGGACCCGAUGUGGUUCACGGGCAGCGGGAGAAUCAUCUGCCGAGGGACAAGCAGAAACUCACGAAGCAACAUCAGGACUACAAGAACAUGUCCGAGCGUGAGAACCGCAAUCGCAACCGCAAGUCCAGAUGGGGAAAUGUCAGUCCACCGCUGACGGACACGGACGUAGAGGAGGUACCGCCGUCGGAGGAAGCCGAGGGCAAGAUGAAGGCGGUCUUGGACCGUGGCGAGGAGACGAAGGAGAACUUCGAGCAGGAAGUUUCGUCCGUGAUUGCCGCCGAUCAACCGGAUCACCUGAGGCAACAGGACGAGUCGAUGGUGACUCAGGAGCAAGAUGUGAUGCACAGUAACAGGGAGGGUCAGCUAGCUGGCGCACAGAUGGCCGACGAGCACGACGCCGGUGAGGCUACCGGUCAUAGCUACGGGAAUGACAAAGUUCAGGAAGCCGAUUCUUACGAACUUGGCGCGGACCGUUUCUCCAGCAACGACUUGGCCUUAAAGCAGCAGCACCACGAAGAGGAACGUUGUGAAUAUGGAACACUCAUUCCAGCUGAGGAUUCAGCGCAGCAAAGUGCGGUGCAGGUCGAACAAAUAGGGCACGUCAGUGAGAACCAUAGUGAGCAAUCGGUGGAACAGCAAGCGGAUUCGUUAUAAGGAAAAGGAAAGGGAAAGUAAAACGGACAAGAAGAUCGUUAUUGGAAUAAAUUACCAAAGUAAAACGUAAAGAAUCUUCAGGCAGAUUCGUGUAAAAUAUCGUUUAAAUCAAUACGAUGUACAUAGAGACAUGCUGCAGCAAAAGAGCGUGCGUGUGAGAGGGAGAGAAAGCGAGAGAGAUAGAGAAAGAUAGAUAGAUAGAGAGAGAGAGAGAGAGAGAGAGAGGGGGGGAGUGGAAAAGAGAAAAGAAAGAGGAGAGUGACAAUUCGAUUAUAUGGACACAGAGUAUUGCACUCUGGAGUGGUGAGGGAGCCGUUGGGUCCAGUGAGUUGUUUUGAGUAUCUUUCGAUCGUCAGAGUAUUCAAUUGUUGAAUCCUUGAAUGUAAGUCUCAAUCAAGAUUUCUUCCUAAUUGAGAUCUGCUGCUUAAAUAAUUGCUGUGAUAGUGAACACAGGACCGUUUAUAAUCCGUGUGGAUGUAUAUAUACAAUGAGAAAGAUUCGAUUUCUAUUCGAAAUUAUUCUUUAUCUCGUGAUCUGCUUUUUCUUUCUUUUUUUUCUACUUCUUACUUUUCGAUGACGAUAUUGUAGA